AGAGAUUUUGAAUAAAAUAUAAUAAUAAUCAUUUAGAUAAACGCAACCUGUUGAGAUACUCUCACAUUUAGAAUGUUUUGGUUUCAAUCAGUUCUACUUUAAUAACAUACAAUACGUGACAGUAAAUAUCCAUCUACUCUGGUCCAAUUUUAAUUUACAGUUAUUUUGUAAUGACUAUUAAACUGGAUUCGUGAUUUAUUUUAUGCGUACAUUUAAUUUAGUUUUUAUUUUAUUUUGCUGAUGAACCAUGGAACAAGCAGGUUUUACGCGAACACAAGGUGAUGGAAUGGAAUUCAAGUUUUCUCCGGAAAAAAUUGAAUAUAAAAAUGACCAUAACUCUCCUGAAGAUAAAAAAAUUCAUUUAGUUCCUGGUUCAUUAAUUAGGUUAAAUCGUUCUGUAUAUAAUAACUAUAAAAAAAAGGAGCCUAAAUUGGUACUUUAUGAACCAUAUAAAGCUGCAGUGAAACCAAUAGUUCCCAAAAAUCAUAAAAACAUUAUAAGUCUAGAGAAAAAGAAAAGAAAAAAUCUUGACUGUAACGAGCUCGUUUCACAAAUACUGUUAAUGAGUAAUAAUGAAAUAAAUUUACAAAAAGGCAUUCCUAUGACUUGUGUUAAACCAAUAGCUAAAACGAAAGAUAAACCAUUGGAAACAUUAAAAUCUGAUAAUGACAAACAAAAUUUACUAUCUGAAAUAGAUUACCUACGAGAUGAAAAUUUAACAUUAAAAAGCCAAUUGGCUUUUCAAGCACAAGUCAAUGCAGAGCUAAAAACCAUGUUAGUAGCAGCUGUUGGUGAAGAUGUUGAGACGAGAGUUCAUUUAUUAACAGAAGACAAAUUACAUUUAGCCGAAGCGUUAUUGAAAAGUGUUGAGAACUUAUCCACUCAUCAGGAACAAAUUGAAUGGCUUGCAGGACAGUGUGAAGUGUGGCGAAGUAAAUUUCUAGCAUGCAGUCUGAUGGUUCAAGAACUUGCCAAUUCUAAACAGACUCUCACACAAAGAGUGAACGAACUAACGGAAUCAUUGAAGUGUUUGUUAUUGGAAACGCAUUAUGUUAGGGAUAAACAAUGCGUCACCUUACAAACCUUGAAUAAGAUUAUAAAUGCAGAAACAAUUUCGCCAGUUUUGAAUUUUUUAGAUUCUAAUGGCAAGUGCCAAGAUUUUUCACAAAUUGCAUUUGAAAAAUGUAAAGGAAUUAUUGAACUGCAUGAAUCAUCGAAUUAUACACCAAUAUUUUGUAAUACACCAGCAGAGGCUUAUGCUGAAAAGCUACUAACCAAUACACUGCAAGUUAAAGGAAGUGAAGCUAUUUGUAAUGCUGUUGUAUCGACAGCAAACUUGAUAUCAAAAUGAUAAGACUAACUAUAAACACAUAAUAAAUAACGCAUAGAAAUUUUGUAAAUAUUAUUGAAGAAAUGUGAACUGAAUAAAUGUUACAAAUGAUAUAUGACAAUACCU